AUUUCCGGAAUCACAUGCCCCGUCCACUGGUUGGCAUCGGCCACAGUUAUGGUGGAAACAUUAUAACGAACCUGGCAUAUAUCCACCCCCGCCUCUUCACCACCGUUCUUCUUCUCGAUCCCGUCAUCCAAACCAGCCUACCCCCGAUGGGCUUCGGCACCGAUCCCACCGGAACAAUCAACUUCAGUCUCUGGCGACAAGAUGUCUGGCCCAACCGCGCAGCAGCAGCUCAGGCACACCGCACACUCACGAAAUCCUGGGAUCCCCGCUGCGCAGAGCGCAUGAUUAAAUACGCCUUCCGCGAUCUCCCUACCCCUUUGCACCCCGGCGUGCAUGCGGCGAACGACACCACUACUAACCAAGUCGACUCCCCAGUUACCUUAACCACAACCAAAUACCACGACGUGAUAGCCCAGAUUCGACAGAAUUUCUCGUCCCGAAUCGUAGAAGGCCGAAUGGAAAUCGAUCGCACCACGCAUGCGGACCUGGACACCGAAGUCGUUUCCACCCCGAUGUAUCGGCCGGAGGCGCCAAGUACUUACUAUCGACUCCCCACCCUCCGGCCCUCGUGUCUCUGGGUAUUGGGCGCGAAAACGUAUCUCAGGCUUGAUGAGAUGCGCGAGGGGAUCAGGACCUGUGGGUGCGGUGUUGGAGGAAGCGGUGGCGUAGCCCAGGCGCGAGUUAAGGAAGUGAUCAUGUCUGGACUGGGGCAUCUGUUUCCGUUCCAGGAUGUUGGACGGUCUGCCGAAACAUGUGCGGCGUGGUUAGAGACCGAGAUGGAACGGUAUCGGGUGGCCGAGAAGGAAUGGAAGGAGAAGAGACAGUUGAUGUCGAAGCGGGACCAUCUGGUCCUAACGGACGAGUGGUUCAAGGUGCUGAGGCCUCCUCGUCAAUCUCAGUCAAAGAAGAUGAAACUGUAG